GUAGUAGAAGUGGCGGAAGAAGCGUUAUUAUUCUCCGUCGGUCCGGGCGGAACCGCAGCGUGCAGAACAGGAGCGAUGUGGAGCACCGCAGAGGAGCUGCCCCCAACCACCACUGCAACAACGACAACUCGUUCGUUAGGAGAGCCCUGGCCCGAUUUCAACCAUGGCUUAGUCUACCGUGACACCCUCAAACCAUCCCAAUCUGGUUUGACGCUGAUCGAGUUUUACUCCACCAAGCACGCGAAUUCAGCUCCCUUUCAAGGUUGGCUGCAGAGAAUUCGCAAUGGGCAGAUAAAAGUCGAUGGCUGUGUUGUUACGGAUCCAAAUAUGGUUCUCAGGGCUGGUUCAGAGCUAGUCUAUCACCGGCUUCCCUGGAAGGAGCCCGAUGCACCUUAUUUGCUGGAAGUGCUCUUUGAAGAUGAUGAUUUGAUUGCUCUAAAUAAGCCUUCUGGCCUGCAAGUCCUACCUGGAGGACUAUUCCAGCAACGAACUGUUUUGACACAACUUCAGUGGCAGGCAAGCAAACAGACUUCUUCAUUAGGAUGCCAAGACCCACAUCCUGUUCCUGUUCAUCGGCUAGGAAGAGGCACAUCAGGUAUAUUACUUUGUGCAAAGACAAAGCUAGCCAAAACUUGCCUUUCCAUGUAUUUUGCUGAUGGGACAUCUCUUGUCAGCAAUAAAAGCAAUACCAAUAUGGCACUCAGCACAAUGAGGAAAAUUUCAAAGAUCUACCGAGCUCUGGCCUCUGGGCUACUCGAAGAUGAUGAGGUUGUCAUCGAGCAGCCAAUUGGAAUGGUGCAUUAUCCUGGGGUGGCCAAGGGGCUUUAUGUUGCUUCUGGUUCAGGGAAACCGGCUUUGAGCAAGGUUAAAGUCCUUGAGAGAAAUGUACGGGGGAAUUGCACUUUGGUUGAGGUUGAGAUUCAAUCUGGCCGGCCACACCAGAUUCGUAUUCACCUUGCUUUCAUUGGGCAUUCUCUGACAGAGUUUAGGCACUAGCCAGUGGGGCAAUCUAUCAAGGUAUAAUAUUGGUUUCUGGGAGCAGUUGGGGCAGGUUUGGGCCUGGUUGAUCAUUCCUUUCCAGAAGUCAGUUGGUAGCUUCUUGAAUCCAUCCUUGCCCCAUUAGAUGAUGCAAGGGAUUCACCUAACAAGCUUCUGCAGUUGACUAGAAAUUGUAUUAUUCUUUGACCAAUCUCUCAGGAUUAUAUCUUAAUAUGCAUAAAGCCAUUUACGGCAAGAUAAAUGUAUUUGUUCUGAUUUCUUUUCCUUCAUCAAAAUAAACACCAGUCAUGAUUAGUUCUUUUAUUCUGGAUUUUUUAUAUAUAUGUUUGACCUUCUACAGUUGACAAAAAUAUAUUUUAUUCUUUUACUAAUCCUUGAUCAUGGAUUGUUAAAAUGAAUAAAGCCAUUUACAGCAAUAUAAAUGCUUUGUUGUGCUUUUUGUUUCCUCUUCAACAUGAGCACCAGCAUCGAUGCUUGCGUAUUGGAACAACUCUUUACCUUUGACCAGAAAAUAAGUGGAGAUAUUCACUUUAUUUCUUAGCGGUUGUAUCUUUAUUCUGAAUGCCCUGAUGCAUGUAUGUAUCUGGCUCUUUUUUGAUAGAAUAUUGGCUUUAGUUGUUGUAAACAUUAUUUAGUACUAGUCACCAAUAUUUAUUUAUUUAUUUUUAAUCUAAUAGCAUAGCUUUAUGGGCAUCCUGAUUAAACCAACAAUUUCAAUAUGAUUAUCUUUUGUUCGCAAUAUUUAUUAAAAGCUCUUCUUUUGCUUCUUCUUCUUUUUCUAGUCUAGGUCCAAUUUUAGCUUCUAAUCUAGCUCUUCUUUUAAUGAGUAUCAAUUUUAGCAUUUGAUAGUGAUUUUUUGGUUCUCUGCCA